AUGGCCCUGGGGCUCCCGGGGCUGCCGCCGCCGAUCUGUAGCUCGCCUCCGGGGCCCGCCGGCGACCAUGGGGCUGAAGGCGCGGCGCGGCGCUGCGGGCGCGGCGGCGACCCCGAGCAAGGCUCGCUGGCCCUGGGCACCGGCGGCGACCGCGACGGGACGCUGCUGCUGGAGGGCGGCGGGAAGGAGGAGGGAGGCAAGCGGAGCCCGCCGGGACUGGGGCUGCUGGCGAAGACCCCCCUGAGCCGCCCGGUGAAGCGGAACCACGCCAGGUACCGCCGCAUCCAAACUUUGAUCUACGACGCCCUGGAACGACCCCGCGGCUGGGCGCUGCUCUAUCACGCUUUCGUGUUUCUGAUCGUCUUGGGGUGUUUGAUCUUGGCUGUCCUGACAACUUUCAAGGAGUAUGAAACAGUUUCAGGAGACUGGCUCCUCUUGCUGGAAACUUUUGCCAUUUUCAUCUUUGGAGCAGAGUUUGCCUUAAGAAUCUGGGCUGCUGGCUGCUGCUGUCGCUACAAAGGAUGGAGGGGGAGACUCAAGUUUGCCAGGAAGCCUUUGUGCAUGCUGGAUAUCUUUGUGCUGAUUGCUUCAGUGCCAGUGGUGGCUGUUGGGAACCAGGGCAAUGUUCUGGCAACGUCUCUCAGAAGCCUCCGCUUCCUGCAGAUCCUACGGAUGCUCCGGAUGGACAGGAGGGGCGGCACCUGGAAACUUUUGGGGUCAGCUAUUUGUGCACAUAGCAAAGAGCUCAUCACUGCUUGGUACAUCGGGUUCYUGACGCUCAUCUUAUCCUCAUUUCUUGUUUAUCUGGUUGAAAAAGAUGUUCCUGAAAAAGAUGCUAAUGGGGUAGAGAUGAAAGAAGAGUUUGAAACCUAYGCAGAUGCUCUGUGGUGGGGGCUGAUCACCCUGGCUACAAUCGGGUACGGCGACAAGACCCCCAAAACAUGGGAGGGGCGGCUGAUUGCAGCCACRUUCUCUCUCAUUGGAGUGUCUUUCUUUGCUCUUCCUGCAGGCAUUUUGGGGUCAGGGCUGGCACUGAAGGUCCAGGAGCAACAUCGUCAAAAACAUUUUGAGAAAAGAAGAAAGCCAGCAGCUGAGCUCAUUCAGGCUGCCUGGAGAUACUAUGCUACUAACCCCAACAGGAUUGAUUUAGUUGCUACCUGGAGGUUUUAUGAAUCAAUUGUAUCAUUUCCAUUUUUCAGGAAAGAACAAUUGGAUGGUACUGCCAGCCAAAAGCUGGGUCUCUUGGAUCGGGUUCGUGGUACCAAUACUAAAGGAAAGCUAUUUACCCCUCUGAAUGUAGAUGCCAUUGAAGAAAGUCCUUCAAAAGAGCCUAAGAAUGUUGUCUUGAAUAAUAAGGAGCGUUUUCGCACUGCAUUCCGAAUGAAAGCAUACGCCUUUUGGCAAAGCUCAGAAGAUGCAGGAACAGGCGAGCCCAUGGCAGAAGAGAGAGGUGACAGUAGUGAUUUCCCCAUGGAAGAUAUGAUCCCCACAUUCAAGACAGCCAUCCGAGCUGUCAGAAUACUACAGUUUCGUCUCUAUAAAAAAAAGUUCAAGGAGACUUUGAGGCCUUAUGAUGUAAAGGAUGUGAUAGAGCAAUACUCAGCAGGGCAUCUUGAUAUGCUUUCCAGAAUAAAAUACCUUCAGGCAAGAGUAGAUAUGAUUUUUACACCUGGACCUCCAUCUACUCCCAAGCAUAAGAAAUCCCAAAAGGGAGGAGCUUUUUCUUACCCUUCACAACAGUCUCCCAGAAAUGAACCAUAUGUAGCCAAAGCAUCCACAGCCGAUACUGAAGACCAAAGUAUGAUGGGCAAAUUUGUUAAAGUUGAGAGACAGGUAAAUGACAUGGGGAGGAAACUGGAUUUUCUCGUUGAUAUGCAUAUGCAUCAUAUGGAACAGCUGCAAAUCCAAGUCGCUGAGAUAAGUCCAUUGAAAGAAACCGCUUCUCCCGCAAAGGAGAAGAGAGAAGAAAACAAAUAUUCUGAAUUAAAAACAAUAAUAUACAAAUACACUGAGCAGUGUGCUCGUGAAACUCCUUACAACUUCCAGCAGGUUCCAGUCAACAAAGUCAGUCCCUAUGGUUUCUCAGCACGGGGUCACAUGGCUCGCUCACAACCUUUAUCGAUAGGUGGGCAAAACUCUGGCAAACUGCAAGCCACACCUUCCUCAACUUCAUAUGCAGAAAGGCCAACWGUUUUGCCUAUAUUCACGUUAAUGGACUCCCAGGUUAGCUACCACUCCCAAGGGGACCUGCAAAGCCCUUACUCAGAUAAGGUGUCUCCGAGGCAGAGGAGGAGCCUAACAAGAGACAGUGAUACUCCAUUGUCCCUUCUCUCCGUCAACCACGAGGARCUCGAGCGCUCCCCGAGCGGCUUCAGCAUCUCCCAAGAGAGAGACGACUUCCCCUUCGGCCCCAACGGGGGAUCGGCGUGGAUGAGAGAGAAACGCUACCUGGCCGAGGGGGAGACAGACACAGACACAGACCCUUUCACACCAAGUGGCUCCAUGCCUUUGUCUUCGACGGGAGAUGGGAUUUCAGAUUCAAUAUGGACCCCUUCAAACAAGCCAGUUUAAAAGUGUGUGUGGGGGCAGUCACUGGCUGACUUCUCCUUGUGAUGUAAGCAUACUUUGUAWAUCUCACUUACUCUACACCCAAAGCUUACUAGUUCAAAACACCAAUGGCUGCAUAAGAUGCAUGUGAUAUUAGUGGUAGUCAUUCUGCACCAUUUCAUACAAUUUACUAAUGCAGUUUUUUUCAUGCUACCAAAACUAAGGAGCUUAGUUUUGAGCAUGGUUUGCAUGACUUUGCCCUAUAUAAAUGGUACAGCUGAUUUCUUCUAUGAUACAUAUCUAUCUGAAACUCUUCCAUACCACAAUGGUGAAUUGAUAACAGAUGAGAUACAGUGGUCCUUGCUACAUUUUGUAAACAGAGCAGCAAAAUAAAAAGAUUUUCAGGAGCAAUAUCCCUUUGUGCAAACAUAACGUCUGAAUCAUUUUCUAAGAUAAAGCAAAUCAGUCUCUAAUUAACCAAGCCAAGAAUUUCUAAUAUCAAAAGCAGGGAAAAAGCUGAAUCAAAGUACGACCUUAUUGAAAUGUUUUUGUGAACUAAAUGUUUUUUAUGUGAUCUCUUAAAUAAUUACCCCUGAAAUACAACAUUGAAAUGAAAUUGAGGACAGGAUUUCAAAUCAUCAAAGCCAUCUCCUGGGAUUGAUCAUAGGUAUUUAUUUAUUGGAAAAUGUAAAUAGAAAUCCCUCAAUCUACUUUGAAAAUCUUCACUAAUGUUUAUAAAAUUGCUCAAAGUACGACUACAAUGCUGUUUUGUAGAAACUCUUUUGCUAAGUCUGUUUGCUACUUAUGGGGCUACAUUUUCUUUCUGUUCCAAAAAUAAGGUUAUUCAGUGUAGGGAACUCCAGGUUUAUCCACCGUACUCUUAUUGACUUAGGUGCUGCUAAGUAAGAUGCCUAAUGUAACUCAGCCUMAGUUUCCCAAUCUGUUUAUCAGGAGUUACACUCCCACACAUGCUCACAGGUUGAAAGGCUCGAUUCUCUAAUGUUUGCCAAGUGCUUGGAGCUCCUCAGGUGUGCAGAAAAUUGCGAUUCUGUUCCCUUCAAGUCCCUCAGUGUGGGAUGCUGACAGCAUCUCUUUCUCUCUGCUUACCUUGUCUCUGGAAAAUGGAAUGCUCCAAAGCCAUGAAUGUGUGCUAUAUUUAAAACUAAUGUAUGAAUAAAUAAUCACCAYUUUUGUCAUGUGUCCCUGAACAACGGAGAUCCGUAUACUCCCUAGGUCUCAGCCAAAUGUUUUUUUCAUUGACAUUGGAAAUUAUUGAGAGGGAGACCAGGAAAAUAAUUCACCCCACUGGAAAGAAAUGAAUCAAAGAUCUCACCACUAGAAUGGGAAUGUACACAAAGCUGGUGAAACUGGCAUAUCCAAAUAUCCUAUGCAGGUCUCACCUGGUGUCAGUCCACGUGUCCAUGAAAAAGCAUCCAUGGGAUGUUGGAUGGUUGUACACUCUCUACAGCUGGGAAAUGAAGCAGAGCAGCCAGUGAGCACAGGGUACAGGAAACAAGGCACACCUUGACUUUAGGAUGAGAUUUAUUUCACCUUUAACUCAGUUAUCUGCAGUGAGCAAAUUUAUACCAAACUCRAAGAGAGCAGAGGGUGAAUUGUUUAAUGGCAGAGGAUCAGAGCCCACACAGUCAGCGGGAAGGCUCUCCCCUCUCCCUCACUGAUCCAAGAUAAUGCCCUGGCUCAUGUCCACCUCAUGUCCACAAUGCCCCUUGUCACUCCCCACAGUGAAUUCCCUACCAUGGCCAGGGCACUGACCAACARAGAUGCAAGAAUUUGACCCAGUUAAGAUGUUAGAAAAGGGACUUUCUGUAAUGACUGUUUGUAUUAUACAGCAGCUGCACAACUGAGAUUCCUUGGCACAUCCAAUCCGAACACAACACCUUACUGGGCUUUCCAGUAGUUCCUGGGUAUUGCACAGCCCUGGAUAGAGAGAGAUUCAGUGGAAGAUAUUUUGUUGGGUUUUGUCCACCAUAGCAAACUUCUUAUUUAAUUCCUCAGUUUUAUUGAUACCUCUUUCCAGCCAGGGAGCUCCUGUUCUUUCCCAGAUGUGGGCAUUGCCUUCAUCUCCAUUGUUUAUUCUCUAUUGGAAGAGACAUCUAAAGGAUUAGGAUCUUCUUACUUCAUCUGCUUCUUCAGCUAAAUCAUGAUUUAUCCUUCUGGAGUGGAUCUGCAGGGAGAACAAAUUGCUGUUGUUACUGGAUUAAAUAAUGCAGAGCAGUUACGGCCUUUGAAGACUGAUCUGAGUCCAUGGAGAUGGUCUGAGGCCAGUAACUAUGAGCACAUGAGGCAUAAUUUUAGUAAUUACUUAAUUGACAAAGUAGUCACUGACCUGAAAUAUAAUUUGGUUUUGGCACAGUUUUGUAGCUAAAAUUGCAAAGAACAAAACUAAAUGACAAAAGUGUAAUUCAUUAUAAUUUGGCAUAUUGAGAAGGAUUUUUUGACCAUCAGUGAUUCUUGGAAAUACCUGCAUUGCACCUGCUGCAGGCUUUCUGAAACAGURAUAGAUGUCUGUGGCAGCUUGUAUGAUUUAACCCUCACCUGACAACAGAAUGAAAGUAAAAGAAAAAAAAAUUAUUUUAACAUUGCUACAGUGUUGAAGCUGGUGUAUGUGCCAGACAAGACUGCCUCACUUUUCUUGUAUGUCACAGGCCUGUCAUUCCUACUGUCAUUCCUACAUGAUUUCAUCUGAGUUUGGCCCUUCUUWAAGUGCUUUCUAGAUGUGAGCAAUCAAAAAUAAAGGCAGCCAAAAAGCAGGCACUGUGUGAGAAAUUUGUUUGUGACUGUCUUUGAUAGUGGCUACCCAUGCAGUUCCCUGCCCAGUUCCCAGUGAAAUUUUCAGUUGACAUUUCUAUUCUCUCCCAUGACAGGGGAUAUAAAAGGAACAUUUUCUCAGUAUUAAACCAGGCUGAAAACCCAUAAAUUAUUUUAUUAAAAAGAUAUGUUCUUUCUGAGAGAGAAUCCAAGAGAUUUGGAUAAAUUUUCACCUGCACAUAGAAUACAGACCCAGAGAAAGUGGGAUUUGGGCUGUUCUGCACUCUGCAUGCUUAGCAGCUGAACUGUCUUUUAAGUURGUGUUUUCUCUGUCUUGUAAACACCAAUUUGUUACAUCCAGCUUAAAGGCAUCAGGUCAGCUAUUUGUAGCCACAUCAUGAAAAAUUUUAUGAUAGAGUCUUCCUCUUCUUAAAAAGCACUGCUGGUAAACCCAAUAAAACCCUCUGCAGUGGACACCUGUGGGUCUUUUGAAGGAGAUCGAAGAAAUGAGACAAGGAAGAUCUGAUUAACUCAUUUUAAUAUUUAUUUUUCCUUCUUAGCACUGAAACCUGUCACUGCCCUGUUCAUAAGGGUGUUGUUCCUAGCAGCCCUCUGCCCUUUGCAUCAUCAGGAUUAAAAACAGGGCAUCCAUCAGCUCUGCUGUGUGUGCUGAGAACAGUUACAGUGUCAAGGUGUCACCAGCAARGUGAGAUCUGGAGACCAUCCCUGAUCUGGGCUGUGCACAAAAACCUCAUCAGCUCCAGUCAGGGCGAGUCCAUGGAGUGCAUCCACCUUGGAACUGCAGUUUGUGUGCCUGCCAUGGGCACUGGGCAAAGCAAAAUAAACUCUGUGAUCCCAGUAACGUGAAGGAGGUCAGGGCCUGUUCCACACAUAAGGAAUCUUUAUUCACAAUUUCAUCUGAAAGAGGUAUCUGGGUCAAUACUAAUCUUAAUAAUAGGAAUUAAUUAGAUUUAUUUCUUCUUCUGCGUGAUGGUUCAGUUYAAGAAUUUUCAAUUCUCUUUGGGUCAGAUCAUUCCAGCAUCUCAACUGACACACUUUGUUUACAGYAGGUAACAUUAGAAACUAUUAUCAACUUUGAUGACUCUGAAUUCGGUUCAGGCCUUGAGAUAUUUUUCAUAAUUAGAAAGUGUAGUGCUUUGCUCUCCUUGAAGUAAGUUAGAAACCUUCUCACACUGAUGCACUGGGAGCAGGGCUGGGUUCUAAUUUGCCUCUAUUUAUGAAUUUCUUUGCGAAAGACAGCACUGAUCUGGAGACAUUUUUCUUGGCUACAUUUUUAGACUGAUUUUCAGUCCCUAACGAACGCCACAUGUCUGGAAAUUUUCAAAAAGGUGGAUCUGUGUUUACAUKGUGUGCCUCUCUUUGCAGCAUCAUUAUCAAUUAAGCUUUCUUGCUUUAGAUGCAAACUGGGAGUAUUUGAUUAAGCCAGAAGUGAAGGCUUAGUUGAAGGAUCC